AUGCUGGGAUCAGUGAGUGUUCUGCUGCUGCUGCUGGGCUCGUCCCUGUCCCUGUCCCUGUCUCUGUCCCACACCGAGCUGUACGGACCCUUUGAGCAGUGGAAGCUCACCCACAGGAGGCUCUACGCUGGAGAGGAGGAGGAGGCCUGGCGCAGAUCCGUGUGGGAGAAGAACUUCCGACAAGUGGAGAGCCAUAACCGCGAGGCCGACCUGGGGCUGCAGUCGUACUGGCAGGAGCUCAACCAGUUUGCAGACUGGACGUCGGAGGAGUGGGGCAUGUAUGUGCGAGGUCUUACCCCUCCGGUGACCAGGAACAGCACUAACCUCAUGAGGUUCGAUGAGACCGAGGUUCAGAGACUCCCCAAGAUGGUGGACUACCGCAAGAAAGGCAUGGUGUCCUCCGUCAAGAACCAGGGCUCGUGCGGGUCAUGCUGGGCCUUCAGCUCGGCCGGGGCGCUGGAGGGGCAGCUGGCCAAACAGACCGGGCAGAUCCAGGACCUGAGCCCCCAGAACCUGGUGGACUGUGUGACGGAGAACAGCGGCUGCGGAGGAGGAUACAUGACCAACGCCUUCAGAUACGUGGACCAGAACGAGGGCAUUGACUCCGAGGAGAGCUACCCCUAUGUGGGAGAGGAGCAGCCGUGUCGCUACAACUCGUCCGGAAUGGCAGCGCAGUGCAAGGGCUUCAAGGAGAUCCCGGUGGGCAACGAGCACGCGCUGGCGGUGGCCGUGUGGAAAGUGGGGCCUGUGUCCGUGGGCAUCGACGCCACGCUCAGCUCCUUCCAGUUCUAUCAGAAAGGCGUCUACUACGACCCCGCCUGUGACAAAGAGGACAUCAAUCACGCCGUGCUGGCCGUGGGCUUCGGGGUCACCGUCAAAGGGAAGAAGUACUGGAUCGUGAAGAACAGCUGUCGUCAGACCAGCAGUCCCCAGACCAGCUGUCCUCAGACCAGCUGUCCUCAGACCAGCUGUCCUCAGACCAGCUGUCCUCAGACCAGCAGUCCUCAGACCAGCAGUCCCCAGACCAGCUGUCCUCAGACCAGCUGUCCUCAGACCAGCUGUCCUCAGACCAGCUGUCGUCAGACCAGCUGUCGUCAGACCAGCUGUCCUCAGACCAGCUGUCCUCAGACCAGCUGUCGUCAGACCAGCUGUCCUCAGACCAGCUGUCCUCAGACCAGCUGUCGUCAGACCAGCUGUCCUCAGACCAGCUGUCCUCAGACCAGCUGUCGUCAGACAGACCAGCUGUCCUCAGACCAGCUGUCCUCAGACCAGCUGUCGUCAGACCAGCUGUCCUCAGACCAGCUGUCCUCAGACCAGCUGUCGUCAGACCAGCAGUCCCCAGACCAGCUGUCCUCAGACCAGCUGUCGUCAGACCAGCUGUCCUCAGACCAGCUGUCCUCAGACCAGCUGUCGUCAGACCAGCUGUCCUCAGACCAGCUGUCGUCAGACCAGCUGUCCUCAGACCAGCUGUCCUCAGACCAGCUGUCCUCAGACCAGCAGUCCUCAGACCAGCAGUCCCCAGACCAGCUGUCCUCAGACCAGCUGUCCUCAGACCAGCUGUCCUCAGACCAGCUGUCCUCAGACCAGCUGUCGUCAGACCAGCAGUCCUCAGACCAGCAGUCCCCAGACCAGUUUUGGGGAGAGGACUGGGGGAACAAAGGCUACAUCCUGAUGGCCCGUAACCGUGACAACAUGUGUGGUAUCGCUAACCUGGCUAGCUACCCCGUCAUGACUGUUGCUGGUACAGACCAGAAGACCCACAGUCAGAGCGGCACCAUGAAGAUCUUCUGGGUCCUAGUGCCCCUGGCCACAGUCCUGCUUCUCAGUGCAGUCCUCAGUCUCCCUGUCGCAGACUCAAACCUGGACGACGAGUUCAACAAAUGGAAGAUCACCCACGAAAAAGUCUACGACACACCGGAGGAGGAGGCGGAGCGCAGGGCCAUCUGGGAGAAGACUCGCAUACAGGUGAACGCCCAUAACAAGGAGGCGGACCAGGGCCUGCACUCGUACUGGCAGGGCCUCAACCAGUUCAGCGACGAAAAACCGGAAGAAAGAAGCAGAGGCUUUUUCCCAGUCUGGGUCAGGGAACCGGAACUACUCAUCGACAACAGCAGCCUGAUUGUGGACUCAGCAGGGAACAACACUGUGCUCCUGCUGAACUCUACAGGCAUGUCAAUAUGA